UUAUACUUUCUUCAAUCGUUUCAGGGCCACCAGGUGUACCUCAUAGAUUAGUAAAGAGUUAUUUUCUGCGACCUAUUUUGUGCAUUUACUGUAAUGAUUACAUCUGGGGUUGUGGUUUAGUCGGCAUGAAGUGUGAAGGCUGUGGACAUUGUUGUCACUUAAGCUGUCAGAACGGUGUGAUAGAAAAAGCAGUUUGUAGCCGAGAACAGGCUCCUCAUGUGUCACCUCCUGAUGAAUGUGUGAGUCUAGAGAAGUGGACAGUAACUAACGUUUCUGAUUGGAUGGCAGCCCUUAAUCUUUAUCGUUAUGCUGAAUUGUUUAGGGAUAAAAACAUUAAUGGUAUGGAACUAAAGAAUAUAGAUGAAGAAAAAUUGAUGGAGAUGGGUAUAAAAGAUGAGUUUCAUAAAAAGUCCCUUUUGGUCUGUAUUGAUGAACUCUGUGAAAGGAAUCCAGACCAGCGCCAAUUUACAAACCCUCUUCCUGCCUCAGGAACCUACGACUUUGACGAGUAUUAUUGUGAUGAGAGUCAAGUCUGUGAACACCAGUUUGGAGAUUACAACUUUUCCUCCAUGCAGCGCUGCCAUUAUUGUAAUAAGUUCUUGUUUGGACUCAUGCAUCAGGGCUUCCAGUGUCGAGUGUGUGGUCUCUGCUGUCAUCGACGCUGUUCAAAAGCCCGUAUAAUAUCUUGUAAUCCAGUGAAAUACGAACCAAUUCGUAGAGGUAGCUUUACACAAAAUAGUUAUUUUGGUGUCGAUCUGGCUGAAGAAAUACAGCGAACCAGUACAGAAGCUCCUGCUGUAGCCAUUCGAUGUGUGCAGGAAAUAGAAAAAUGGUGCUCUGAUCACAAGGAUCAAGCUAUGAAUGUAUAUAGGAUAUCAGCACGAACAGAAGAUAUUAAUAAAGUGAAAGCAACUUUUAAUUCUGGCUUAUUCCUUCCACUUGGUGCAGCACUCAUUUGCCAUUACCAUUUGUUGUCGAUACAGACCAUCACUAGUUCCCCAGAAUUCCAUUGUAUCACUUUCUGGUUUUCAGUCAGUCCUUGUUUAACUGUCCUAAUUAAUAUAAAGUCUUCCUUUGAUUUUCUUUCUUCCAUUUUUUAUAGAGAAAUUGUGGAGAAUACAAAGUUACACAUUGAGCUGGUUGAGAACUUGCUUUCUUAUGGGGAUUGGGGUGUGGAAAAACCAAAUGUUCAUAAUCCACCCCCUAUACCCAAGCGACCCAAUGAUGCACCAACUACUCCAGCCAAAUAUGAACUGAAGGACGCUGAGUGGUACUGGGGCGAGUUAUCAAGAGAAGAGGUAAAUGAUAAGCUGAAGGACACGUCAGAUGGAACCUUUUUGGUUCGGGACUCUACGCAUGGUGACUACACUCUAACACUCAGGAAAGGCGGCAGCAAUAAAUUAAUAAAAAUUUACCACAAAAACAACAAAUAUGGAUUUGUUGAACCUUUAACUUUUGAUUCGGUGGUCGAACUCAUUGAACAUUACCGCUACAAUUCUCUGGCCAUCUAUAACAGAGCUCUUGAUACUCAGCUGGAACACCCCGUCUGUAAACCAGGUCCGUAUAUAACAAUUGGUGCCGACGCCCAGAAAGAUGAGUUGGAGAAAUUACUAAAGAUCAACAAGGAAUACCAAGAGAAGGCCAACUCCUUCGAUCGUCUCUAUGAAAACCAUUCCAAAACGUCACAGGAGUUACAGCUCAAAAGUCAGGCGCUUGAUGCAUUCCGAGAAACAUUAUCAGUGUUUGAAGAACAGAUAAAACUGCACGAGCGGCAUCACAAAGAUGCCCAAGCACACGAAGCACAAAAGAGGACAAACAGCUCAUUUAAAUUGCCAUUAAACCUGGUCACAAAUGACAAUCCAAUUUGUAACAUAAGCAAAGAUUCAGGUUCACUUGAAGUGUUGUGCCAGUGCCACCUUAUCAUUUGGGAUGAAUGCAUCAUGUCACAUACAGGUGUAAUGGAAGCUCUUGGAAAUGGGAAAGCACCAUUCGAUGGGAAUGGUGAUAUCAGUUUGGCUCAUAUUGCUAUCAUGGUGAAUUCCCCAGCUGAAUUGAAGAAGAAGCUUUUGCCCUUUCUCUAUCUUUCUCUUCUCUUUUGCCCUUUCUCUAUCUUUCUCUUCUCUUUUGCCCUUUCUCUAUCUUUCUUUACCUCUUCCUCUCACCAUCUCACUUAUUUCUAUCUUUAUCAUUACAGAUUAUUACUUCAGAAUGGUAUGAGCCAAGACUUCUUAGAUAACCAAUUAGAAGGACGUAAAGAAAAUGAUAACAGUUCAGUUUCUGACGACCUUCCCCAUCGACAGGAGAGCUUAUGGCUUAUGUCAUGCCAACGAGACGAGGCUGAAAAACUGCUUGAGGGCAAACCCGACGGGACUUUCUUGAUUCGACCCAAAAAUAACGGACAAUUUUAUGCAUUGUCUAUUGUACAUGAAAAAGUGAUAGGCCAUUGUAAAAUCCUGCGGAAAAACGGCAACUAUGGCUUUGCCGAGCCAUACAUUAUUCAUCCGUCGCUACUGGAGCUGGUGUUACACUACCAGAAGACGUCGCUGUCCGAACACAAUGAGCAUCUGGACGUGACGCUGAAGUUCCCGCUGAAGGCGGGGAUAAUGGCUGAAGAUGUCAGCGGGAGUGGCGGAGAUGCCCUCUACGCCCGCAUGACCUCAAUGAAUCUCUCGUCCAAUCAGUGUCCACCAUGGGAUCACGAUGGCUGAACAACAACAGCAGCAACUAUAACAACAACAAAAAUUUUAAAAACUGAAAAUGAAAGUUUUGGGGGAAAAAAAAAGAAAAAGAAAAAUGGAAACGAAAAACAAUGAAAUACAAAAUAUAUAUAUAUAUAUAUGUGUGUA